CUAGCGCACACUAACCAGUCCUACAAUGACUAUAAACGGGACGUGUUCAGCGAUGUCUAGAACCGCGCGAUAAGAACCGAGCAGUGGAAAAACCCUAGAAUGCAAGCUAGGAUCAUUCGGGAGAUAAUAGUAACGAGAAGAUGUCAGCCUUGUUGUCGGGUUUCAAUACUUGAACCUAAUAGUAACAAUCAACGAUCAACAGCUUAUAAUUGGUUACGUCCAUCAACAAAAAGAAAGCUUGUCCCGCGGUUCACUUUUUUCGCCUCUUUCUUACUCACCCACAUUCAACAAACCGCGUUCCCCUCAAGACGCGCCAUGGCCACCAAAAAAUCUAAGUCUGAGGCAUCCGUCCCGGAGCCUGCCAAGGCGGAGCUAUUGGAGAAGCUCACCCUCUCCUCCGCUCAAAUGCGUCGGUACGCGGACAUGCAAGACAAGCUCACCGAGAUCAUCAUGGCCCUUCCCCUCGAUGAUGAUACCCUCGCUCAACUCACCACUGCCGCCGAUGUCCCCUUUACCAAGCCUCGCAAGCGUAGGGGUGUCAUGAUCUCCGAGGGCGGCGACGGCCGGAAACGCAAGCGUGAAGUCAAGGAGAAAGACCCUAACGCGCCCAAGCGUCCCGCAUCUGCCUACCUCCUCUUCCAAAACCAAGUCCGUUCUAAGUACAAGACUGCCAACCCCAACCUUCCGCAGAGCGACCUCCUCCAGCUUAUCAGUCAACAAUGGUCCAACAUGCCUCAGGAGGAAAAGCAAGUUUAUCAACGCCAGGCUGAGACUGCCAAGGAGAAGUGGAAGACCGACAAGAUAGCUUACGAAGGACAAGACCACACUGUCGAGGCGGAGGCUGCUCCAGAUGUGAAUGCUUCCCUCAAGCCUGUCAAGGCGAAACCUGUCUCCAAAGCCACGGUGAAGAAGCCAGUCUUAAAGGGUGUUCCCAAAUCAGCCCCUGUUGCUCCAACGAGCGAGUCCGACUCCGAAGCUGAGAGCGACUCGUCAGAAGAUGUCAAGCAGGCCGCCAAAGCAACCGAAGAGGAUGACGAGGAGGAGGAGGAUGAAGAGGAGGAUGAAGAGGAAGAGGAAGAGGUUCCUCCUCCCCCGGCUAAGAAGCCUAAGUCCCACAAGAAGUAAUUAUCUCUGCCAUGCGACCGACCACUCAACCCAACGUUCCUUGCUCGUUCUUUGAAACCCUCGUACACUCCGCCGUGAAACAUAUUCAUUCACCCUACCUACCUUUGCAUUUGACGAUUUCC